AUGUUGAUCGUUUGGUUCACAGUCAAUCUCAAGAAUGAGACACCGUGUGUCUCAGGAUGUGAGCUCCCGGCAAAUCAGUCUGGCAUGUCGUCCGGAGUAGAAGCGAUUCUUCUUCAUGUACUUGUUUAUAUAUUCAUCCUACCUAUCGCGAACACCUGUACCUGA